AAAUUAUGUACAACGCGAUGGAGUUCGCGAAUUAAUGCUGUACGGGCUGUUCGUGACAGGUAUCCACAUAUCAUGAGAGUAUUAACACGGUUGUCUUUAACAUCUACUAAUAAAGCAGAAAGAGAAGAUGUAAAACAAUUGAAAAACAAAAUAGUUAUAAUAAACUCGAAUUUGUUAUAUUUAUCGUUAUGUGGGAGAGAGUUUUGCGAGCAAUCAACAGCGCUUCAAAAGAGUUGCUGUCGCAAAAGAUUGAUUGACGAAGCAAGGCUUUUAAACUGUGCAUUGUCGGAACUCGUGAUCUUAAGAAGUUCUUGGAACUCAAUUCUUUUAACUGCGACAGCAUUAGCCCAGUUCUGGAGUUCAUCUGUAACGUUUGAGAAGAAGAGGAAUCGCAAAACAAAACGGUUUUAUGAUGAGCUUUCUACUCAUCAAAGAUUAACUGAUCCUGAAGAAGCUUUCAAAGUCAACGUAUUUUACAAACGGUUGACAAUGCCAUUGUGCAACUCAAACAACGGUUUGAAG